CCGGAGCGGUCGUUCCUCGAAACUCCUCCAUACGUCACUAGCCUGCUGUCACUAGGGCAGUGAUGGCGGAGGAGGACGACGUCGAUAUCAUGAUGAACUACCACGGGGAUUUCCUAAGAAACGACAGGAAGAGCACUCGCUAUCCCUUCUGCAUAGUCUGGACGCCCAUUCCUCUUUUGUCGUGGGUGCUGCCCUUCAUCGGUCACAUGGGCAUCUGCACCUCUUCUGGGGUCAUCCGAGAUUUCGCUGGCUCCUAUUACGUCUCGGAGGACAACAUGGGCUUCGGCAGACCGACAAAGUACUGGAAGCUGGAUGUGGACAAAGUGUGUGGAAAUGGUGCAGCCACGUGGGACAAAGCUGUGCAUGAUGCUUCUGAGGAAUACAAGUGCAGGCCUCAUAACCUGUGCUUCGAUAACUGCCAUUCCCACGUGGCCAUGGCGCUCAACCUCAUGCGCUACAACAACAGUACCUCCUGGAACAUGGUGAAGCUGUGUGCGCUCUCGCUCAUCCAUGGGAGACACGUCAGCUGGGGUGCGGUCCUCAAGACUUGGCUGCCCUUCUUCAUGCUGUUCGGAGCCCUCGCCAUGUUCAUCGUCACCAUCAACCUGCACUGAGACGGCGCUGAUCCAAAAUUGUAUUCUUUUCAUUCUAUUUAUUAAAGUUUGUAAACCCC